AUGUCUAUCCAGAAAUCAACACUAUGCUGCUUCUGCCGUCAGCUCGAGCCGGCAGACCAACCUUGUCCUUCGCUCCAGAAUCAACCAGUCCAGGCCUUUCCCAGUGGUAUAAGUAAUACCACGAAGCCAUGGACCAGAAAGGACGAGGACUUGCUCGAACAGCUCCGCCAGUACCCAAGUAAGCUCUGUCAACGAUGUGCCGAAUUCGACAUUGUUCGCGCCUUCAACGAAGCGGAUCCUUUGGAUGAGAGCCAGAGAGGCGAGCUAGAAAAGGCUCAGUAUAUUGAACACGCUGAGAGACAGGAACCGUACAGACUGCGCUUCGGUCUGUUGUCACAGUUUCACAUGAAACCUUCUUGUCCGCUAUGCCGGUUACUCUAUCGGCUCAUUCCUAGACCACCGCCGGAGCACGAUACUACUGUUCUCACGCUUAUCCCUUAUCGAUGGCAUAUCCGACAGGAUCACUGGGAAGGUGUUCCAGAAGAUGAUAAGCCGAUGUUCGCAAUUUGGUUUGGACUUUCAACGCCGGGUCUUGAUAUGUCGGGGCCGAGUUUCUUUAACGCGGGUCAGCAGCUGAGAGCUGCUAUGAUGACUGGUGAAGCAAUUGCUUUGCACCCGAGCUCGUCUCCAGAGGAAUUAUACAAUGCUAGGGUUAUAGACGGGAUGGUUGAUGUCAAUCUCAUUAAGAAAGGUCUUGAGCGUUGUCAGAACUAUCAUUCAGAGAGUUGCAAUGCCAAAUUCGACAAAGGCUUGCUCAUUACGAAGAUGCUUGAUGUUGAUACCCGGAAGGUGGUAGACUGUCCUGACAACUGCGACUAUCUAGCUCUCAGCUAUGUCUGGGGAGGUAUACACCCAGCUGAUGGAGCUUUGGAGGCUGGGACACUUCCCCAGACGAUUGAGGAUGCUAUCGCCUUGACCAAGAGGCUUGGGAAACGAUACCUAUGGGUGGAUGCCCUCUGUAUCGAUCAAAGUCCCAAUCCAACGCCCGAACAAGCAGCCAGCAAAGCCAAGCAGCUCCAACUCAUGCACUUGAUCUACUACUGCGCCACUAUAACUAUCUUUGCUGUCGCUGGCCCGCGCUCCGACUACGGAAUCCCUGGAAUCUCAAAGCCACGCGUGGGGUCUACACGAGAGCGCAUCAACGGAAAGGAUCUCGUAGUCGUCCCCCCGCAGAUUAUGUCAGAGAUCAAGUCUUCCGUUUGGCAAACUAGAGCAUGGACGUGGCAAGAAGAUGUUCUGUCUACGCGAAAGUUGUACUUGACGGAGACGCAGUGGAUAUUACAGUGUAGUGAGACGUUGGGGCCAAGUGAUUAUGCGGAGGCACAUGACACGGCUGUGGAUCUUACUUGGACCAAAGUUUCUGGCGGGAAGAUGAAAGCUGGUUACGUCGAGGCCACGAACACCGAAUUUCUGGACAGAACUUCCUCAAUGUUCAUAUCAGCGGUUACAACAUAUACCUCGCGGUCUCUCACUAACGACGGUGACUCUCUGAACGCCUUCCAAGGCGGCCUCGCACGCUUCGGUAAACCAGUCUACCCUCAAGGUUUCGAAUGGGGAAUGCCACUCAAAGAAUUCCCACAAUCGCUGGCUUGGAUCCACGAUCAUACCGUCAAGCCUACAAGACGAUCGGCAUUUCCAAGUUGGAGCUGGGCCGGUUGGGGCGGAACCGUGCAGUAUCCCACUGAUCUUACAGAAACAGCUACCGAGAAUGGUGAUCUCAUUCCGCGGAUGGUCAGCAUCGAUGACAAGGUUGUCACGCUAGAGGGAUGGACUGUAACACUUGACAUUCGAACUGAACCGUUCAGUGAGGUGGUCAUACCUGGGACUGACCAGGCGAUUGGAUGUGUUACGGAGAGGAAUUUUAAGCAUAACAUGACUCUACCAACGGGGAAGUAUCGGUGUUUUGUUGCCGCGAGACUGAAAAAGGAUGUUUUGAGAAAUGGAUUGGUUAAUCAGUUGGUCUUCCUGGUAGUUUUGAGAGGUGACAAAAAUGUUGAGAUUGAAGAGAGGCACACAGCUAUCACUGUGAGCAGGCUUGCUAUUGAGGGGAAGGACUUUAUGGAGUUUGGUCCAAAGAAGACACUCAUCAAGAUGAAGUAG